UAUCCCAAAAAUAUAAUCUAUUUAUUCUUCUAUGCAUUUUAAUUUUGCUAUCUCUCAAUAAAGUUAAAUAUUCUCUUGGGGAAAUGGUUAAAGUUUUGUAUUAGGUACUAGAAAUGAGAAUUCCCAAUUUAAACCUAAAGAUGUAUAUUUUUUUAUUUAUCAUCAUUAAAGAUAACAAGCAUUUUUAAAAAUGAAAAACUAUUUUAAAUUUCACUUGGUGCAAGUCAUGUGAUUGCAUAUACAUCAACCGAUUUAAAUUAUAAUACCUAAAAAGUUGAUGAAUCAAUCAUAAAAAUAUAAGAUUAAAAUACAAAAAAUAAAAAACCAAGAAAAAGCAAUAGUAGAGAUAUGAGCAAAGAAAGGAGUUUGUCUAUGAAAAGAAGUGUAUAAAAAUUUGAUGAAAGUGUAAUUCCAGUUAAAGAUUUGAAAAUUGAUUGA